AUGGCCACCUCAACAGGUUCAUACCUCAUCAUAGGCGCUGGCGUCUUCGGCGCCUCCACAGCCCUGCACUUAAUCCGCGCGUAUCCCGACGCCAGCAUCACCCUCGUCGACCGCAACGCCUACGACGCCCCCAUCCGCGUCGCCGCCUCGUGGGACUGGAACAAGGUCGUGCGCGCCGACUAUGUCGAUAUCGAGUACAUGCGCCUCUGCCUCGAAGCCAAAAAAUACUGGUCCGAGGACCCAAUCUGGAAACCAUACUACCAUGAAAGCGGCGUCUACUGGGUCUCGCCAAACAACUUUGCAGAACAAAUGCAAGAGAAUUACAAGAAGCUCGGAGUAGACUCUGGGUUAUUCUCAUUCUCUGUCGACGAGGCCAAGAAGCAGUAUGGCGGCAUUUUCAAGGAUGCUGAUUUCACCAAUGUGAAAGAGGUCUUUGUCAAUAAGAACAGUGGAUGGGGUGAGGCGAAGGAGGCAUUGCAGAGGACGAUUGAAGAAGCCGUGAAACUCGGGGUGAAAUAUAUUGAGGCAGAAGUUGAAAAAAUUGAGUUCGAUCAGGAUGGCGCUGCGACCGGUGUCAAAACGUCGAAGGGCGAGAGUAUUACCGCCUCACGAGUCAUCCUGUCAACUGGCGCUUACACGGCCAAGUUGCUUGCUAAUAGCGCACCCGAGAGAAAGGAUCUUCAAGCUGGUGACAGGUUCGUGGCAGCAGCUGUUACUGAGGGUUUCACGCCUGUCUCUGGGGAGAAUGCAACGGGCCUUUACAAUGGGCCAGUCGGCAUAUCCAUGGUUCCGCCAUCAAGAGGCGCAAGCAACGGAAGUGUUCCCCAUUCCAAAGACAAGACCUUGAAGUUCUGGGGCCAGAUAAUUUUCAGAAACACUCAGACUCAUGCAAAUGGAAGUCAGAUAUCUGCACCUCCUCCGGCAGUUGACUAUGCGCAGCUCGAGGUUCCAGAGGCCCUGAAAGAAGACGUUGACUAUGCUGGAAAGAGCCUGUUUGGCAAAGGAAGCGACAAUUUCAAGAAUGAGAACUAUCGUAUCUGCUGGGAGGCUGUCACGCCCGACGAAGACUUUAUCAUCUCUCCACACUCUGCGAGUAAGAACCUCUACGUCGCAACCUGUGGAUCAUUCCACGGCUGGAAAUUCCUGCCCAUCCUGGGUAAGUAUGUUGUGCAGAUGCUCGACGGAUCCCUUGAGGAGACUUUGGUAAAGAAAUGGUCAUGGGACCGAUCAUUCCCAACGCCCACUCAUAGGGCCUGGCCUAGAAGAGAAUUGAACGAUCUGAAGUAA